AUGGCCGUCGUCUACAAGAAUACGCCUAUUCUUAAGAUCGUAUUACGUGACCCAGUCUAUCGUGCCAAGGUCGUCGCAAUUGAAAAGUUCGUCAUCGAUUCGCACACACUCAAACCACAAUCGUUGGGACAUUGGUGGAGAAAUUAUUGCCAGGCCAUCUCACCAUGUUUGAUGGUGUACUAUUCACGUCCAUAUUUAACAAUUUUGUAUUAUUCUUGUAUACCAUGUUAUACUGUUGGUUGGUGUAGUAUGUUAACGAGAACUAAACCUCAUAGAUUUGUGACGGUUUGGGUUGUGACCUCAAAUAUAACAUGUCGUUCCAUUUGCAAACAAACAAAUAAAUUUGAUCAACUUUGCACAAAGAACACCAAAGCCUCAAUAUGUUGUCAAAGAUACCGGAAGCAUCCCGUUGGAGUAUAA